CUCAUUCAAUUUUUUAUAUAUGCAAAUUUUCCCAUACACACACACACACACACUAUAUAUAUAUAGGCAUCCAAGACUAAUUCUUGAAUAUAUAGGCAUCCCAGACUAAUUUCUUGAAUUCUUGCCUCAUCAUACACACACACACAGUCACACAGAAUGAUGGAGUGCUGUUUUCAUCCUAGAGAAAUGGUGGUUGGAGUUUGUGCCUUGUGCUUGAAUGAGAAGCUCUUAGUAUUGGCUGCUGCUUCUAAGAAACAAACUAACAUUUUCCUACCUAAAAUCUUUGCUUCAUCCCACAUACUUAGACACCACAAAUCCCACACCCCACAAGACUCUUUCAUAUCAAUCAAGUUCGAAGCAAAUGGUGUUGCCUCAUGGGACAAAGGGAAAACCAGUGAUGAAAAGACCAAGAGUGUGAUCGAGCACACCAGCUCGCUGAGGUGGCGGAGGCGGAUUGGCAACCUCCUCCACCUCAUCAACCGGAAGAGACCGGCCGAGGGCCACGUCAGCACAAAGCAUCUUGAAAGAGAGAAGGUUAAAUAUGGGUGGAUAAGGAUUCUGACAAAGAAGAGGGCCAAAGAAUAAAGGAGGUUUAAUAUUCAAGAAAAAGACACUCUCCCUUUUUUCUCUAUCACACCCAUAAAAUUUGUAUGUAGGAAUUGAUUACAUACCAUACUUAUAAUUGAGACAAUCUAGUCAAAAUUGCAUCUUGCAAGAAAAAAAGGUCAGUUUGGUUAA